AUGACGCAACGAAGUGAAGUGAGUGAGGUGAGUGACUUGGAUGACGUGAGUGAGGUGAGUGACUUGGAUGACGUGAGUGAGGUGAGUGACUUGGAUGACGUGAGUGACUUGGAUGACGUGAGUGACUUGGAUGACGUGAGAGAGGUGAGUGACUUGGAUGACGUGAGUGAGGUGAGUGAGGUGAAUGAUUUUGAUGACAUGAGUGAGGUGAGUGUCUUUAAUGACACGAGUGAGGUGAGUGUCUUUGACGACGUGAGUGAGGUGAACGAAUUAGAUGACGUGAGUGAGGUGAGUGUCUUGGAUGACGUGAAUGAAGUGAGUGAGGUGAAUGAAUUGGGUGACACGAGUGAGGUGGGUGUCUUUGAUGACGUGAGUGAAGUGAGUGAGGUGAAUGAUUUUGAUGACAUGAGUGAGGUGAGUGUCUUUGAUGACGUGAGUGAAGUGAGGGAGGUGAAUGAAUUGGGUGACAUGAGUGAGGUGAGUGUCUUGGAUGACGUGAGUGAGGUGAAUGAAUUGGGUGACAUGAGUGAGGUGAGUGUCUUUGAUGACGUGAGUGAGGUGAAUGAAUUGGAUGACGUGAGUGAGGUGAGUGUCUUGGAUGAUGUGAGUGAGGCGAAUGAAGUGAGUGAGGUGAAUGACUUGGAUGACGUGAGUGACGUGAAUGAGGUGAGUGCCUUUGAUGACGUGAGUGACGUGAAUGAGGUGAGUGCCUUUGAUGAUGUGAGUGAAGUGAGCAAACAAGGAUAG